UUAUGUUUAAAAGAAACAUUUUAAAGUGGCAGUCUGGUUCUUACACUUUUCGAGUGGUGGUUAAUUUUAUUUUGGUAGUCAUAACUAUCGUUUCCGUUGCCAAAUUUUGUUCUUGUUUGAUUACAAGUUCUGCGUAUUUUCUGUAUAAAAUUUAAUAUUUUUAGAUUUUUAUGUACAUUUAUCUUCCGUAGUUAGUGCCGUCCCGUUAUUUUCAACAAUAAAAGCCCCCAGUUCCGUAGACGAUUUCAUGGGGCUCCACAGGAGUGAGCGAGAUCAAAAUGUGAACGAAAGGGAAUGUAACCUAAUUUGUCAACAUUAUGGCUAUUUUGGUGUGGAUACAUUAACCUAAGGGACCUUUUGGAAUUUUUACCGCCUUGGAGCGCUAAUGAGAAGGCCGCGACGUUGCCGCCUCUGCUGCUGUGCGCACGUCACCUGCCCAUGAAACAGACGCUGAGGCCUCCUGCCCUCGCCUUCACCUUUCCCAAAUAGUGUGGAGGGCGGAGUCGAGAAUAGGGGCAACGUGGGGGUCUCCUUGGAAGCAGUGAAGGCGUUCAAAACUGUUGCACCUCCUUAGGGAUUCUCUGGAAAGUGAGAACGUCCUCCCUCGAACCUUCACUCGGAAAUCUUCCUCCCCACGUCACAGCGUUUCCUGUCAUGUAACCAGCCGCCCACGCCCAAUGCUCGCCACUGAAAGGAGACACACAACAGACACUGGGGCAUCACAACAGCGCUGAUGCGUGUACGCUCCUGGGAGGUGUUUGGUGAGACGGGCGUGGUCCUGCUGGCCGUCCUCAUGCUGAUGUUGUCUGUGGGACGCCUCGCCACCACAGCGACUGCACCUUUGCAGGAGGAUGGCAGUGUAGCCUCCAACAGUUUGGAAGAGAGCCAGGUGACAGCGUUCUGGUGGGGUGAGUGGGCUAAGUGGACGGCAUGCACGCGCACCUGUGGCGGCGGUGUGAAGUCACAGGAGAGACACUGCCUCAAACAGAGAAAGAAAGUUGCUGCAUUCAAGGACAACAUGACAUGUUCAGGAACCUCCAAGAGAUACCACCUGUGCAACGCACAAGACUGUCCAGCCAGUGGCCAAAGCUUCCGGGAGGAGCAGUGCUGGUCCUUCAACUCGCAACUCUACGGUGGCCAUAGCUACCAAUGGAAACCUCUCUAUCCGGACGACUACGUGCACAUAUCCAGCAAUCCAUGUGACCUCCACUGCACUACGGCCGAUGGCCAGCGUCAGCUGAUGGUAGCUGCGCGUGAUGGCACUUCUUGCAAGUACAGCAGCUACCGCGGCGUCUGCGUGGACGGUAAGUGUGAGCCAAUCGGAUGCGAUGGCGUUCUCUUUUCAUCCAACACGCUGGACAAGUGUGGAGUCUGCCAAGGUGAUGGCAGCAGCUGCAGCAGAGUCACUGGAAACUUUCGCCGCGGGGCCACCACGCUUGGUUACGCCUUCAUCACGCAAAUCCCUGAAGGAUCAUGGGACAUCCAGGUCAUCGAGAGGAAGAAGUCAGCCGAUGUUCUCGCUGUGACUGACCAAGCGGGGAACUUCUUCUUCAAUGGUGGCUACAAGGUGGACAGCCCUCAGAACUUCCAUGUGGCGGGCACUGUCUUCAAGUACCGCCGCCCCAUGGAUGUCUAUGAGACGGGCAUCGAGUACAUUGUCGCCAAAGGCCCCCUGGACCAACCUGUCAAUAUCCUGGUGUGGAAUCAGAACGGCCGCACACCAUACAUCACGUACGAGUACACAGUCCUGAGAGACUCCCUGCCGCCCAUGCCGCCGCCGCCUGUCUACACGGGCGCUGACAGCUCGGUGGAAGCUGGGCACCUACCGGCACACAAUGGUAGCCGCUACGAGACACCCGUCGGGGAACGUAUGGAGGGGCCAGGAGAUUCCGCACAGCAGGAGACCAAUGAAGUCUACGAGGAGACCGCACACAUACACUGUGACGCGGACACACACUAUACAGAGGGCAACAGCAGCCACACAGGAAGCACCGCCAACCCAGUCGCCGUCGACGUGCCCCUGGACCCCGAGGCUGACGCCCCUAACCUGAUCUGGAGGGUCCUGCUGGAAGGACGCUUGAACCCAGAGGAGCUGCUUAUCAAUAUUUCGACCAAUCAGCUCCUAGAAAUGGAGGGAGAUGGCUUGUUCUCUGUUAGCUCAGACCCUGGGAGCCCGGAGACUGACGGACCGCUUGUACUCAACCAGACCAUGCAGUUCACGCUCGGACGCAAACGCAAUGACAGCAGUGCAGACAUCAUCUACCACAACAAAACACUGCUCGCCGGAGGCAGGGCUAGCGGACGCUUCAACAGAACAAGGGGAAAUUCAAGGCUCUACCAGAAGAACCUGAAGCUGAGUCCGGCCGACAUGUAUCGCUGGAAGCUUUCCUCUCAGGAGCCCUGCAGUAUGACCUGCUCCAUUGGUGUGUCCAAGUCAUUUGUCACGUGCAUCCGCUACGAUGGUGUGGAAGUGCAUGACAUGUACUGUGAUGCGCUGACUCGACCGGAACCGGUGCACGACUUCUGCAUCGGGCGAGAGUGUCAGCCGAGGUGGGAGGCCAGCAGCUGGAGCGAAUGCUCACGGACCUGCGGUGAGGGUUUCCAGUUCCGGCAGGUCCGAUGCUGGAAGAUGCUGUCGCCCGGUCUGGACAGCUCUGUUUAUAGCGACCUGUGCACCCUGGCCGACCUGGAGAGACCCAUGGAGAGACGGCCCUGCAAGAGUCCUGCAUGCGGCCCGCAGUGGGAGGUGGCCGAGUGGAUGGAGUGUACUGCCAAGUGUGGCCGACGAGAUCAGGUGACCCGUGAUGUCCGCUGUUCCGACGAAAGUCGUCCGUGUGACCCCAUGACCAAACCACCUGCCGUCAAGAACUGCACGGGUCCCCCCUGCGAACGCCACUGGACCGUGUCAGAGUGGGGGCCUUGCUCAGGCCCGUGCCCACACGGUAGGAUGGUGCGCCACGUGUACUGCAAGGCCCCCGAGGGCCGGGUGGUGGCUGAGAACCAGUGCCCUGGGGACGAGAAGCCGCUUGCCGUUCAGCCCUGUGGGGAGAGGGACUGCCCUGCUCACUGGCUGAAUCAAGACUGGGAAAAGUGUAACACCACGUGUGGCCGCGGGGUCAAGCGGAGGAUUGUGCAGUGUGUGGGGAUCAGCGGCGGCAAGUUCCUGGUCUUUGAGGAGGAGACGUGCAACGCCGACGAGAGACCUGAAGAUGAGAGCACCUGUUUCGAGAGGCCGUGCUUCAAGUGGUACACAACGCCCUGGUCCGAGUGCACCAAGACGUGCGGCGUGGGUGUGAGGAUGCGUGACGUCAAGUGUUACCAGGACCGUGAGCUGGUGCGAGGCUGCGAUCCGCUCACCAAGCCCGUGUCCAAGCAGACGUGCAGCCUCCAGGCUUGUCCCACCGAGCCGCCAGAUGAGAGCUGCCAGGACCGGCCCACCACCAACUGUCUCCUGGCUCUCAAGGUCAACCUGUGCAGUCACUGGUACUACAGCAAAGCCUGCUGCCACUCCUGCCGGGCGCUGCGAGCGCCCACGUCCUAGAGCCCCCCAACUCCAUCGCCUCGCCCCCCUUUUCCCAGAAACCCGUGCACGUGGAUUUUGUUCAUCAGGUAGCCCGAGUGCAACGUUUACAUUCUCAAAAGACAAAGACAAAGUCAACGCGCAAAAAGUUCCACAGCUUUGCUGGCUGUUAAGUUUCCUCACACGGAGCACUACAACAUUUGGGUUUGUACCAGCAUGCUGCACACUCAUCUUUUCUCAUCAUCCCUCACUUUCCCCUACCCCUCUUGUUCUCCUUUUCCCCAGCAGCCUUCACAGAAUCUAUCUUUCCAUUUCUUUCUUUUCCAUCUUCCCCUCUCUCUUUAACAUGCUCCUCUCUCCACUGCUUUCAUUUCAUCUUUCUUCUCCAUCAUCCCUUUGUUUUGUUGGGCUAUCAACCUCACUCUGGCUUUCUCACUCAUCACCUGCUCUCUUCUCCCAUCGUCCUCCACUUACCACUUUUCCCCACAAUCCCACCUGUAUCUUUUCUCCCUUUCUUUCUCAUCAUUUUCUUUCCCCCAUGAUUCACUUUUUUCACUGUCAUCCUUCACUCUCUUAUUCACAGUCAUCCUUCUCUGAUAAUUCAUUUUCUUUUUCCCAAUAUCUGUCUCUCUCAUUCUUGUUCUCUUUUCCUACUAACCCUCAGUCUCUCUUCUGUGCUAUCCUCCUCUCUUUUUCCCUUUAUUCUCUAGCUUUUGUCAUCAUCAUUCUGGUCAGGACCGAUCGGAAUGGAGGUAGGACCCAAAUGCAGUAGAACAUUCAAUGGUCGGGGAUCGGGCAGGCAGUCAGGUGCAGCAGCGGUAGUUGGGGCGUCAGUACACACAGGAAUACGAUCAGAGGUACAGGGGUGCUCGCACGGGGCAUGAACCUCAACGAUCUGGCAGAGGACCAGUCGUCACCGGGUCCUAUAAGUACCGGGCGUAAUCAGCCAAAACAAGGUGCGGGUGUGUGCCGACUAAUUGGCUGGCCACGCCCAGGCUGGGCAGGAUCCUAGGAGCAUGACAAUUCUUGCUUUUUCCCCACUACGCUGGUCUUUCUCAUUCUUCCCUUUUUCCAUUCUCCUCUUUCUUUGUUCUCCCCAUAAUAAUUCAUUCUUCCAUUUUUCCAUCAUCCUUCUCUCUCACACACUCGCUUUCUCAUCAGUCUUUUCUAACCCUAACUGCAUCAUUGUUCCCUCUUUCUCCCUUUUUUCAGUUUUUCCAUCAUUUCCUCUGGUUUCAAAUAUUUCGUUCUCUCUCUCUCUCUCUAUCUCUCUCUUUCUCAUCUUUCACUCUCUCCUUUCCCCAUCGUCCUUCACUCUCUUUUGCCGUCUCUCAUUCCCAAUCACUUAUGAUCUCAUCAUCUUUCACUUGCUCUCUCUUUAUACUCACUCCCUUUCUCGCACACUUGUGUGCGUCUCCUCUUAAAUUAGCCUUUAAACUUGAACCAGAAAAAUUGUGAUGGUGAUGAUGCCGAUGAUGAAGCCCCUCCUGCGGCCGAACAAGGAACGGCUCGUGCCCCCUCUAAAUAAGACAAUCUUCCAAUCCAUCAUUAGAUAUUAUUUAACACUGACAGAGAGUGAAAUGUGCAGGCUGGCACAUUUAUUUGUCAUCGCACAUUAAAACAAAAACAAAAAAUAUAUAUAUCAUUAUUAUUUUUUUCACAUUAGCGCGACCGCCUGACGUUUCUCCGCUGGGACCCAAAAAAACAAGAUGGGAAAAAAAAAAAGAAAAAUGAUGGCUGACAGAGGACCCAACAUUCCUGACACUUGAAAUGUAUUCAGAUGUGUUUAACUUCUUGUCUCUGAUAAAUAUAAAUAUAACGGAUACCUCUUUGUACGACGCGUUAGGACGC